AUGUGUUUGAAGUACGCCAGUGACGUGUGUAGUGCUGAUGGGAGACACGAUAUUGGUUGGUUGGUUACGGCGAAGGUAGCGGAAUUGGAAUUAUCGCCGUUCUACGACUAUCAUCUUCCGCAGUGGUUUCCAACUCAUGCAUGGACUGUUCUGGUACUACCAGUGGGUCCGAGGAGUGUUCCGUUAUGUCACCACCAGUAA